GUCACCUGACCACCACAACAAACCAAAAAACGCUUAUAUCGGGGUCUAUGCUUGCCUGAAAAUAAUGCUUCUGCAACAAUUAAAUACCCCAGAUUAAUAAUUUAUAUUACGUUGAGUUGUACACAAAUGAAGACGAGCACAUCAACACGGGUUGAUAGAUAAAACGAGCUACCGGCAUAAAAGCAGCAAAAUGCCUCAGUCAGCGGCCAUCAUCAGUGGUAUUCAACGAAUGGUUCUGUAUGAAACAAGAGCAAGGUAUUUUCUGGUGGGAAGCAAUCAAGCGCAGACAAGGCACCGAGUCUUGAAAAUAGACCGUACUGAACCCAAAGACCUGGUCAUAAUUGAUGAUAAGCAUGUUUAUAACCAGCAAGAGGUACGCGAGUUGCUGGGAAGGCUGGACCUGGGGAAUCGCACUAAGAUCUCACAGAAGGGUUCUUCAGGCCUAUCCAGGGCUGUAUCUGCAUAUGGUAUUGUAGGCUUUGUGAGAUUCCUUGAGGGCCAUUAUAUUGUAUUGAUUACAAAGCGCAGAAAGAUGGCUGACAUUGGUGGCCACUCUAUUUACAAAAUUGAAGACACCAGCAUGAUCUAUAUUCCCAAUGACUCGGUCAGGGUCACCCAUCCUGAUGAAGCAAGAUAUGUGCGAAUCUUCCAGAAUGUGGAUCUUUCUAGCAACUUCUACUUCAGCUACAGCUAUGACCUGAGCCACUCUCUACAGUAUAAUUUGACUUUACUGCAAAGGCCUUAUGAACUGUGGUCAUCCGUGCCUGUGUCCUCUGAUGAUGAGUUGCAUACAAAAAGCAAACAGGACUGCUUUGAUAUCUUUGAAGAUGAAGGUCUGCCUACGCAAGUGGUUUACGGCGUCCAGAACGAUCCGUACCACAAGUACGUUUGGAAUGGCAAGCUGCUCGAGCGCAUCAAGGACAUUGUUCAUCCGGACUGGCUCAUGUACAUAAUCCACGGCUUCUGUGGCCAGUCCAAGCUUUUGAUUUAUGGUCAUCCAGUACACAUCACCCUCAUUGCAAGACGCUCCAGUAAAUUGCAGAACCCGUUUCCUGAAAGAGGAGCCAACUGUGAGGGAGAUGUUGCAAAUGAGGUGGAGACAGAGCAGAUUGUCCAUGAUGCCUCAGUCAUGUCAUUUACUGGAAGGUACUCCUCAUAUGUGCAGGUGCCGAGGGUCUGUCCCCUGUACUGGUCACAAGACAUCUCCACCAUGAUGCAACCUCCUAUACGAUUGGACCAAGCUGACCCAUAUGCCCAUGUAGCUGCCUUGCAUUUUGACCAGAUGCUGCAGCGAUUUGGUUCACCUAUUAUUAUUCUCAACUUAGUUAAGAAACGUGAAAAAAGGAAACAUGAGAAGAUCCUGAGUGAAGAGCUUUACCCAGCCGUGAUUAACCUAAACCAGUUCCUUCCACCAGAACAUUGCAUUGAGUACAUUGCAUGGGACAUGGCCCGCUACACCAAGAGGUGCAACGUUCUGGACCGCCUGGGUAUGAUCGCAGAAAAUGUGGUUAAAAGGACUGGUUUCUUCAUCAACCGCUCCGACUUCUACUGUCACACAAUACGGCCAGAUGAUAGGUGGGAAGAUGUAGGUGGACAUAUCACCUCCAGUGGACGAUUACAGACAGGGGUGCUGCGGACUAAUUGUGUGGACUGCCUGGAUCGGACCAACACGGCACAGUUUAUGGUGGGAAAGUGCGCUCUGGCUUAUCAGCUUUACGCACUCGGAAUGAUUGACAAACCCAAACUCCAAUUUGAUACUGAUUGUGUUAGGUUGUUUGAGGAGUUGUACGAGGACCAUGGAGACACUCUUUCUCUGCAGUAUGGUGGGUCCCAACUAGUUCACAGAGUGAAAACGUACCGUAAGAUCGCCCCCUGGACUCAACACUCCAAAGACAUCAUGCAGACGCUGUCCAGAUACUACAGUAAUGCUUUCUCAGAUGCAGACAGACAGGAUGCCAUCAACUUGUUCCUUCAAGUGUACCAGCCAGCAGAAUCCAAGCCACACCUAUGGGAGCUGCCCACAGACUUCUAUCUGCACCAGAGCAGCACCAUGACCCUCCCUCAAGACAGACACAGCUACACACUGUGGUGGACACAAGGUGUUCUGUCCUGUCUUCCUGUACCGUUCGAUGAAGUCCCCUGUGAAGAAACUAUGAAACAAGUUGAAGUAAAGAGAGUGAACCGCUUUGAUGAGAGCAUUGACAUCUACACCGAAUUCUUUAAACCAUACGAAAUAACCUCAUUUGAUGACACCUUCUGCAUCGCAAUGACUAAUUCUGCAAGAGAAUUUAUGCCCAAGACUGUUGGCCUAGAUCCAAGUCCAUUCACUGUUCGCAAGCCGGAGGAAACUGGAAAAUCAGUGCUGCCAAACAAGAGUAGUAAGGAGGAAACUGUGAUCCAAAGGAAGACCGCAGCCAGCGCACCUCCCGCCCCGAGUGAGGAGGCCAUGUCAAGCUCCUCGGAGGACGACUCGGAGGAGGACCGGGACGAUGACGCCUCUGUGUCCCAGCGCUCCACACCCAUCAAACUCUUCACCGAGUCUGUGGAAAGCACUCGCACACUGGAGGACACGCAGCCACAGCAAAACAAGGAGCCAUAUGGACUUAAGCUGUCAGAGUUUCCUAAUGAAAAGGACCUUCUCAUUUAUGAAAGGUUUGCUCAUCUUGGCGAGAACCAGCAUCAAGUAGAGAGAAAUAAAAAUGGCACACUGUCAAGCGUCCUUCCCUUAGAAGCGGUGUCCCGUUUCCCAGAAGACAGUGUGUUUGAGGUGCUGGCUCCGCAGGUGGACACAGACAGUCAAGAUGUGUUUGAGUGCCAUGUGCUGACAGGACAGGGCCAGCUGAGGGCGCUGUGUCGAGAAGACGUGCUCAUGUACCGCGAGUAUGUUAAGAACAGAUUCAUGUGAGAGAAGAAGAGCUGUAAUUACUAAUCAUAUGUAGAGUUUUAUUAUUUCAAG